AAAAUCAAUUUUAUACAACGUCAUUUGCAAGAGCAGAAAAUACAACUGAAAUUGACCGCUACAUUCUCGUUCUCGCAUUCCUCUAUUUCUUCUUGAAAAGCGCCUCUGUAUUAUUCGACCAAGCCCCCUUCGAUCCGGCAGGUUCGACGUGCUCAGCGCCAUGCCCAGCCAACCGCCCCUCCCUCCCCUCCUCACACCCUACGCGUCGUCGCUACCGCCGUCGUCUCUCACAGUUUUAUCUUCAGUGCUCGGCGCAACAGGAAAUUGGCUAGUUUUGAGGUUCCUCUAUGCCGCCCUGACCACGUCUUCAGUAUCAGAUGCUGCGCUAGGUCUCAGCGAAACCAGUCAUGGGAAAAAGAGAAAGGUAGUGCUCGUGAGUUUUCUGCGGGGUUGGGAUUUUUGGAGAACCGAGGCCAAGAGAUUGGGCCUCGAUCUUGCCCGCCUCACAGACAAGCAAGAAUUCGCAUUCGUCGAUGGACUCUCCGAACUCUUCUCCGCUCCGUCCACUGCGUCUACCCAAGCGCCCAUACACCAAUCCUCACUACGCGGUGCCGUGCCUCCUAGGACAGUACUGCCCCUCAGGUCGCAGCCGGGACCCGUUCCCGCACGAGGGCCGCAACCCGCCCCUCGGCCAGUCGCUGCCGCUCCGAACCCGCCAGCAUCGAAAGAAAUCGGUCCAGUUAAGCGACUUCGUUUGUCAGGAAAUGGGCCAGCAGCCUUAGACGCGUUGGAAAAGGACAUUGCUGCCGUGAUCAAUGGAGUGAGGACACCGACACCCGGAGAUGGACAGGAAGAUCCCGAGGUAUUGCUGGUCCUCGACCAACCUGAUCUGCUACUAGCUGCUACGGGUCCGAGCAAGGGUAUAGGCGCUACAGAGAUGGGAGAUUGGGUGAUGGGGCUACAACAGUACGCUCACGCGACGGUUCUAACCGUCUCCGCCGAUUCUCCGUUGAUACAUAAUGCAUCCACAUUUGCGCACCAACCGUCUACCCCGCUAGAGACCGAGCAUGCUGCUUUUGCUAUUGGAACGGCUCAUCGGGCGCAUAUGGUUAUGCAGCUCCGGAACCUAGAAACAGGUGCCGCAAGGGAUGUCAGUGGUGUGCUGAGGGUCAGCAAAGGAGGCGCGUGGGGGCAGAAUGACAGCACGGAGGGUGAUAGCCAUUGGGAGGAGAAGGAAGUCUUAUACUUCGUUCAGAGAGACGGCGGCGUUAGCGUCUUUGGCCGAGGGGAGUAGAUACUAUGGGGCUAUGACGCAUCAAUCCUUGUCAGGUUCAGGCGUUAAGGCGCAUGUGAAGAUGAUAGACCAGAUGAAUAGAAGACUUGUCGCGAU